AUGGAACUGGCUUUAAUAGGUACCAUUUUCACGCCAAAUUUAGAUGCUGAGGAUUCUGACGGCAUACUGCAAUCUUCUCCCUAUACUACAGCAGGUCAAUACGGUCGACCACCAAACAACUUUGCUUCUGGAACCGGUUUGCCAGCAGCUCAGCCACUGGAAGAGCGCAGACGAAAAAAGAAGGAGGAAUUGCUCGAAGAGGCCAUGGAAGCUCACCUUCCAUUUGCUCAGUGGAAUGGACCGACUAUCGUCGCCUGGCUUGAGUUGUGGGUAGGAAUGCCGGCGUGGUAUGUGGCGGCCUGUCGAGCCAACGUGAAAUCCGGUGCAAUAAUGGCUGCCCUCUCGGAGCAAGAAAUCCAACGGGAAAUAGGUAUUAGUAACCCCCUACAUCGACUUAAACUGCGCCUAGCUAUCCAAGAAAUGGUAGCUUUGACUGCCCCCACCCCAACUCCUAGACCCAAUACAAGCCGCUUGGCUUUUGGUGAUAUGGAUCACGAAUGGAUAGGCAACGUUUGGCUUCCAGGUCUAGGCCUUGCACAGUACCGACCCGCCUUUAUGGAAUGUCUGGUUGACGCCCGAAUGCUCGAUCAUCUCACCAAACGAGAUCUACGGACACAUCUAAAAAUGGUAGACGCUAUGCACAGAACUAGUCUUCUCUAUGGAAUCGUCUGCCUUAAGCGUCUUAACUACGAUCGAGCUGAGUUGGAACGUAGGCAGAGAGAGAGUCUACUCCGCGAUAAUAUCGACCUCCUUGUUUGGACCUGUGAACGCGUGCAAGCCUGGCUAGAUCAAAUCGGCCUGCGGGAAUACGCAAGUCAUCUAACUGGUUCUGGUGUCCAUGGUGGUUUACUAGGUCUCCAUACCGAAGUGGACGCCAACCAGCUUGCCCUCAUAUUGCAAAUUCCCUCCUCGGCAACUAAUGCUCGUCUCAUUCUUGCCCGAGAAUUAGAGACCUUGGUUCAGCGCUAUCGCGCAACAGCUCCACUUGCGGCAGCUGCACUUGGACCCGCACCUCGUGUCCUUGCAAUGGAAGCAGCGGCGGCUGCCGCGGCUCGACAUCGUUCCUCAGACUCUGAUGUUGAUGGUGUAAGGGGGAAUGGAUAUUCACAAAAUGGCGAUGCAGUGGACGAUGAAGUAGCUGCUGUUAUAAGUAUCGAAAAAUCUCUCCCUUCCAACACUGCCGCCAAUGUACCGACAAUCAUCACAACCCAAUCAGUAGUUAGUAGCCAACCGCAUCUUCCCACCUCUGCUAUUCUCGCCACCGCAGCUGCCCAAAAGGCAAGAGAGCUCAUGGAGUCGAAAUCAGAUAGCCAAGCCCCAACAACAACUGUUACGGAUCCUGCAACAAAUUCCCCUUCAAGUACAAUAACUACCGCCAUCGCUACCACCGUAACGCCAUCGUCACCUAGAAUGGCAACGCAAUCAUCGGCUACUACAAGAACAAAGAAGGGUGCAGCUCCUCCCCCUCCCUCAAACACAAAAUCUUAA